AUGACAAAUGUAGAGGACGAACACCUCCAGCAUCAGUUCCACAGAAUUUACAUCCACCGCUACGAGAAUGUCAGCAUUCUUUUCGCAGAUGUUAAAGGCUUCACAAACCUCUCCACGACGCUGUCGGCUCAGGAGCUGGUGCGAAUGUUGAAUGAACUCUUUGCACGCUUCGACCGUCUCGCACACGAGCACCACUGUCUCCGGAUAAAGAUCCUGGGAGACUGUUACUACUGUGUGUCUGGUCUACCUGAACCCAGACAGGAUCACGCUCACUGCUGUGUGGAGAUGGGACUCAGCAUGAUCAAAACCAUCAGAUAUGUAAGAUCACGUACGAAACACGACAUCGACAUGCGUAUUGGGAUCCACUCGGGCUCGGUGCUGUGUGGCGUGUUGGGACUCAGGAAGUGGCAGUUCGACGUUUGGUCCUGGGACGUCGACAUCGCUAACAAGCUGGAGUCUGGAGGAAUCCCUGGGCGGAUCCACAUCUCCAAAGCGGCGCUGGACUGCCUGAACGGCGACUACGAGGUGGAGGAGGGCCACGGCAAGGACCGCAACGACUUCCUGCGGCGCCACAACAUCAAGACGUACCUGAUCAAGCAGCCGGAGGAGAGUCUGCUCACGCUGCCCGAGGACAUCAUGAAGGAGGCGGCCAGCUCGGCGGACCGGCGGGCCAGCAGCACCACCUUCAACGAGGCGUCAUGGAGCCCCGAGCUUCCCUUCGACAACAUCGUGGGGAAGCAGAACGUAAGUCCCGCCUCCGCUCCGAUGUUCGUGUCGUUGGUCACACUGUGA